AGCGGUUCUUUGACGUUUGCCACACAGCAACGGCUGCGCGCACCUGCGUCUGUGAAAGUGAGCUCUGCACCCGCACAUCAGGUGUGCGCCUUUCCCCUCAUCUACAGAGAGGAGAGCCGUUUGCUGGCUUUUCUCGUUUGCUUAUUUCUCCAUUUUUAUCACAGCUUGUGCGUCAUGCUUCACGUUUUCAACUGUUAUGUUCCGUGGGGAGUCUUCACGCUGGCGGAGCUGCGGGCGGGGCUGUGCCACGUCGUUUUGCUGAUCCCGUGGGGACUGCUGUUUUUGCGCUUAGACCGUCGCAGCUGGUGGAACUGCGUUCUCUUUCUCGGCUACACCGCCGGCAUGUUCUUCUUUCAACGGCGUCUUGCCUCCGGCCUCCCACUGCGCUUUGCAUCGCUGCGAUCGUGGCGCACCUCGCCAGACAACUAUCGCAAGACGUCAAGUUUCUUACGAAGCAUCAAAGCCAAACAGUGUCCCGCGAAGGGGGUCUCGGCGGAGGGUUAUGGUGAGCGCCCGGUGGUGGUCAUCACCGGUGGUGAGCGUGGGAUUGGUCGACAGGUAGUGGAGCAGCUCCUGCGAGAGAAGAUGGACGUGAUCCUCUGCUGCCCCUUUGAGGCGGUGGCGCAGCAGACCAUACAGAAACUGAAGGCACGCAUCCCUGGCGCAGUCAUCACGUUCCUCAAGCUGAACCUAAACGAUGAAGACAGCGUGCGGGAGAGCGCGGCGAGUAUCCUGCGCAUGACGCCGCGCAUCGAUGUGCUCAUCAACAACGCUGGCAUGGUGAACAUCGCCGGCUACAAGGCGAACAGGCGUGGGAAUGAGGUGGUGCUCGCCAUCAACUUCCUCGGCCACGUGCUCUUGACGGAGUUGCUGCUCGAUCGCGUGCAAGCGAGCGGGCCGUCGCGCAUCGUCAACGUGGCCUCGCUGAUGCAGCUGAACGCGUGCAUCCCCGGACCGUGCAGGACGCCGCUGGAUGCCCUCGUCGCCAACUGCGAUCCAAACUCGGCCUAUCACACCAGCAAUUACAGCCUGUCGAAGCUGCUCUUUAUUUGCUACACGCGUGAUCUUGCGCGGCGCUUGCAGGGAACUUCCACCAAGGUCGUGUCGCUGCACCCUGGCGUGGUGCUGACCAACAUUUAUUCCUUUGGCGCCAUCUUUAUGAAACUGCUGCUGCGGACCGUAUUUAAGUUUCCUGGAGAAGGCGCCGAGGUGGUGCUUUGCUGUGCGUUGGCGCCCAACAUCGAAAGCGGGUCCUUCUAUGCGGACUUCCAACAGUAUGACAGCGUCCUCUCUCCUUUGGCCCUCGACGAUGCGCACAACGAACGCCUGCGUCGUGUGCUGCUGCGCUACUUUGGGCUCGAUCACGCGCCGUUGUCCACCAUGUCCCUGUCGGAGGUGGCUGCGGCAACGCCGUGA